AUGGUAAAAAACCCACAAGGAAUCAUCCGUCACAUUCAACACCAUGUUUCACGUUUAGAAAGCAAAUUCUGCCAUUCCGUUGUCCUAGACGCGCUAGUCUCGUUCCCACCGGGCGUCCUUUUACAGCUUGCUUCUAUUGGGGCGAUCCCUGAACGCCGUUCUUGUACCCGACCGUCCUUGUCUCAUUCAUACACAUCUCUCAUCAUGCCUGCCAAACAUCACAGCCCGAAUUGGCCACUUGAACCACCAUCGACCUGCCGUGACCCAAUCCCAGCUUUUCGCUUGAAUUCAUUCUUUAGGCAUGCCCAAUCGUAA